AUGGGACUCCCUUACUCCAAAGAGAUUCACUCUGCCUUCGAGCAAGUCACGCCGCUGGUUGCCGCUGGAUUCGAAGUGCUCCAAACGACCAAAGAUAUUGCAAUUCUCCUGGCCGUGAUCCAGGUUGUGACGGUUAUCACAUUACUCCUGAUCUUGCUGGCUUUAAUUGCUCUGCUGUUCACGGUUAAUCCGGACCUGGUCAGAGAAAGAGAGCAACUGGUCACACCUGCCAUGCAAUGGCUUGCUAGUUGGGUCUUCAAGUACGGUAGACCUGCGAAAAUCUUUCUCAAGAUCGCAUUUGCGAUUGGGGUUGUGGUUUUUGGAUACGCUGUCUGGGAAGCCCUGGUGACGGGACACAGCGAGCCUAAGUCAGAUGAAGACCAGCCCGAAGAGACGGAGGGAAAAGCAGAUGAUAGCGAGGACAAGGACAAAGCAAAGGACGGGGGCAAUGCCAAUGGGAAGGACACGAAGGGUUCGAAGAAUGGAGAGGAUGGGAGCAAAAAGAAGUAG